GAUUAUGGUCUUCGAAGUCGCGGGUGAAGCCGGCGCGGCAGCUCCGGCCGCUAAACAGGAAGGAGCUCCGGCAGCGGCCCCUGCACCAGCGGCUGGCGUGAAAGACGUUAACGUUCCGGAUAUCGGCAGCGACGAAGUUGAAGUGACCGAAAUCCUGGUGAAAGUUGGCGAUAAAGUUGAAGCUGAACAGUCGCUGAUCACCGUAGAAGGCGACAAAGCUUCUAUGGAAGUUCCGGCGCCGUUUGCAGGCGUCGUGAAGGAACUGAAAGUCAACGUUGGCGAUAAAGUGAAAACUGGCUCGCUGAUUAU